UUCCCGGUGUCUCUGAGAAACAGGUGAUCCUGGUUAACAGCGGUCAGUGUUUGGAUGCUGUUUCCUCGCCGGCGUUUGCAGGAUGAUAGGACCGGGCGAGCCUGAAUGAGAGCAGAACUUUACUUUGCAAGAGGAAAAACUUUCUAUUUUGUGGGGAAGGCGUUUUCACCAAAUCCCGUAGCUUCUAAAAGCAGAAGAAGUUGGUUUUAAAGCUGGACUUCUCCACUGGUUUUGGGAUCUGUGUGUGCGUGUCAGUUUCAAAAGCGGUUGCAUUUUUUUUUUUAAAGAAACGGUGGCCGGUUGGAAUAGACUUUUUAAAUGUUUGGGAUUCAAGAUACUUUAGGAAGAGGACCCAUUCUGAAAGAGAAAUCUCUCGCUUCUGAAAUGGAUUCCGUCAGGUCCUGGGUCAGAAAUGUUGGGGUGGUGGAUGCAAAUGUAGCUGCACAAAGCGGAGUAGCUUUGUCCAGAGCCCACUUCGAAAAACAACCACCUUCCAACUUGAGGAAAUCCAAUUUCUUUCAUUUUGUACUGGCUCUCUACGACAGGCAGGGGCAGCCGGUGGAAAUAGAGAGGACCGCCUUUGUGGACUUCGUAGAAAAUGAUAAAGAACAAGGCAAUGAAAAGACCAAUAACGGCACACACUACAAACUUCAACUCCUUUACAGCAAUGGUGUCAGAACUGAACAGGAUCUGUUUGUUAGGCUCAUCGAUUCAGUCACUAAACAGCCCAUCACUUACGAAGGACAGAACAAGAAUCCAGAAAUGUGCAGAGUUCUGCUUACUCAUGAAGUCAUGUGCAGCCGGUGCUGUGAAAAGAAAAGUUGUGGCAACAGAAACGAGACUCCCUCGGAUCCUGUGAUCAUCGACAGAUUCUUCUUGAAAUUUUUCCUCAAGUGCAAUCAGAAUUGUUUGAAAACAGCAGGGAACCCCAGAGACAUGAGACGUUUCCAGGUUGUGUUAUCAACAACAGUGAAUGUUGAUGGACAUGUAUUGGCAGUGUCUGACAACAUGUUUGUUCAUAACAACUCUAAACAUGGACGGAGAGCGAGGAGACUUGACCCCUCAGAAGCCACACCAUGCAUCAAAGCUAUUAGCCCAAGUGAAGGCUGGACUACAGGGGGCGCAAUGGUGAUCAUUAUAGGAGACAAUUUCUUCGAUGGGCUACAAGUGGUAUUUGGGACCAUGCUUGUAUGGAGUGAGCUGAUCACACCUCACGCUAUUCGAGUCCAGACCCCCCCUCGUCACAUUCCUGGUGUAGUCGAAGUCACACUAUCAUAUAAAUCCAAACAGUUCUGCAAAGGAGCCCCGGGCAGGUUUAUUUACACCGCUUUAAAUGAACCCACCAUCGAUUAUGGUUUCCAGAGACUGCAGAAGGUCAUCCCGAGGCAUCCCGGUGACCCAGAGAGACUAGCCAAGGAGAUGCUGUUGAAAAGAGCCGCUGACCUAGUUGAAGCACUGUAUGGAACGCCACAUAAUAACCAGGAUAUUAUUCUGAAGCGAGCUGCGGACAUUGCAGAAGCUUUGUACAGUGUCCCAAGGAAUCCUGGCCAGAUCCCUGCUUUGUCUAGUUCUCCAGCUCAUAGCAGCAUGAUGGGAAUCAAUUCCUAUGGGAGCCAGUUAGGAGUCAGCAUCUCAGAGUCGACACAGGGGAACAACCAAGGUUACAUUCGUAAUACGAGCAGCAUCUCCCCUCGAGGUUACUCUUCCAGUUCAACACCUCAGCAGUCUAAUUAUAGCACCUCCAGUAAUAGCAUGAAUGGCUACAGCAAUGUCCCGAUGUCUAACCUGGGAGUUCCUAGCUCACCUGGAUUCAUUAAUGGCUCUCCAACAGGAUCUCCCUAUGGAAUAAUGUCUUCAAGUCCAACAGUUGGCUCUUCCAGCGCUUCUUCCAUCCUUCCAUUCUCCUCCUCCGUCUUUCCUGCUGUCAAACAGAAGAGUGCCUUUGCCCCUGUCAUCAGACCCCAAGGGUCUCCCUCCCCUGCCUGCUCUAGUGGCAAUGGAAAUGGGUUUAGAGCCAUGACUGGUCUUGUCGUUCCCCCGAUGUAAAAGAAGAGGACGUUUUGCUUUUGUUUUGUUUUUCAUUUUUCUUUUACAGCACAAAACUACUUAUUGUGAUGGACCACUAAAAAGAAAAAAAAAAAAAAGCACUACAAGCUCUUUUUUGGGGGGGGAAGCCACACCCGGAAAAAAUAAAAAGGAAGAACUGCUACAAAUCAGACAAGAUAGGAGUCUGGAUCUUUUACGUGUUCCAUGUUUCUUAUGUAGCCAUGUCAACUCCUAAAACAUUGCAAACAAAGAAUCAGCCAAGAGCCAGGAUGGACAGCGGUUGGCAUGAUGGGGUCAGAAACACAAGGUCUUUUUUGACGGACACGAAACCUUCCUAAUGUUUGUAAAAUAUGAAAAGGAAAAAAAAUUGGCAAAUGAUUCAAGCUUGAUAUUUUGGAUACUAUUUGUUUUACUUUGUAGGGGAAAAAAGUUGAAGUUUCUAUUUUCUAUGGAGCCUUUCAGAUACCAAUUUAGUUUAUGCAGAAAAACAAACAAACAACAAAACAGGGUACCAGCAUGGAAGAAUUUCUAGGACAAAUUGACAUGAAUGAUGGAACUUUUGGUGUAUGUGUGUGUUUACUUAUAGUUUAACCUCUUUAAAAAAAUGUAAGAUGUUUUACAAUUAUUUAAAUAAACUUGUAACUUAUUGUAUGUAGAGGUAGCAAUUAAGACCUUUUUUGGACUUUUUCCUCCUGUUGUACAAUGAAGAAAAAAGAUGCAAAAAUGUAGUGACAAGUUUAAGAGACGUACUAUUAUUGCUGCCGUUGCUACUUCUCUCCCUCGCCCUCUGUUGAACUAUGUGCAAGGAUGUAUAGGAUUCUUUCCGAUUAACUCAUCACAAACUUUUAUACACAUUACAGUAUAUAUAUAUAAACCAGUAGUUAAUGUAAGAAUUUUAUCCACAUCUUUUCCCUCCUUCGCCAUCUUUUGCUUCACUUAAGAUUUUCAGGUACUGGGAUAAGGUGGUUAGUUUCAAAGACCCUAUUGGUAAAUGAAUGGCUUCUAAGGGCACUUACCUCCGGAGCAAUCGAUCCAGCAGGGGUCGAUUUAUCGUGUCUAGUGAAGACGCGAUAAAUCGGCCGCCAAGCAUUCUCCCGUCGACUCCAGUAUUCCACCGGAGUGAGAAGCGUAGGCAGAGUUGAUGGGAGGAGUGUCAGCAGUCGACCUACCGCAGUGAAGACACUGCGAUGAGUAGAUCUAAGUACAUCGACUUCAGCUACGUUAUUCACAUAGCUGAAGUUGCGUAACUUAGAUCGAUCCCUCACAGUGUAGACCAGGCCUCAGUGUUUGAACAAAUCAGGUUUUCAUGUGAUGAUGAGUUUAUUUUUCAAAUUCUCACAUGGACAGGAGGGGGGAUCGGAAAGUUCUCUAAAUGAUUGUUUUCCAUGAAGUUAUGGUAGACUUACAAAAUAGGAUUACAUUUUAUAUUAAGGGUGCAGUCAUAAAGGGUUAUGUAAUAACAAUAAUAAUUAAUAAUACCACCUAACUCUGAUAUAGCACUUUUCAUCAGUAAAUUGGAAAAUGCUUCAUAGUCUUUAAUGUACUUAAUGAUUAAUACAUUUCAGUAAAUGGUCAUUCAGUGGUUGUGCAAUCCAACCAGGUUAUUUUUGCCAUCUUCCACUGAUGUUCUUAUAACUAGAGCUAGCUGUAGUCAAACAAUGCUAAGUAUUUUUAAUAGAAAAAAAAAACCCCACCAAAUUUGUUUGGUUCAAAAUUUUCAGCAUUUCAACAAAGAAACAAAAAAGAAAAAUUUUACUUGUUUCUUUUUCCAUUUUCUGUUUCAAAAUGGAAAAAAAGAAGAAAGGAAGCACAAGGGGAGGGGGAAAAGCCACACCAAUGAGUGUUUUGGUUUCCUGAUGAAAAAUGAAAAAACAGUCAUGAAAAUUUCCAUUUAGUUGAAGAGACAUUUUUCAUAGAAAGGUUUUCAACCAGCUCUUCUUAUAAGUAUCUCUAACACACACUACAUAUGGUUGUAACAUUCUUAUAACAUCUAUUAAGAAUUUAUUUAACUAUUUAUAAAUGCACCCUUAAGAUAAAGCAACACCCAACAUCCGAUUUGCCCAUUCGCCAAGGAGAAUCAUUGUGUUUGAUGGGUGAGUAAAUUAUUAGUUUAUUCUGUGAUCAUGGUAGAAGGGGAGUGAGUCAACAUUCAUGACACUUUGGCAGUGCUGAACUAAUGUGUAUUUCUAUUUUGGGAGUGGAUUAGUAAUAGGGUAUAAAGCCUCAAAUCUAGCCCAGGUUAUUUGUGACUGAAAGCUGCUGUGUCCCCUGACUUCAUAGAUCUUCGUCUAGUCUCUAGUGGACAGGUGUUUCCAUCUCAAGAACCAGCAUUAUAGGACCAUAUCCUUACAAGCAGACACCUGGGUAACUUUACUGAUGUAAAUAAUCCCAAUGGAGACAAUGGGAUGGAUUAGUUACCGCUCUGAUCCUGCAUUGCGCUGCACCAGAGUUGAACCUGCGUGAGGCUCCGUCUUCAAGGGGUGUAGUGCAGGAUCAGGGCUUAUGUGAGAUAUUUUACUGAAUGUGCUCAAGUGUUUGCAGGAUCUGGCUCUUAAUUAGCUCCCAGUUUAGCAGAGAGGCCAAGGAAACUCAAAUGAUCCCUGUGGGACAGAACUGGGAGGCAGGGGAGGGAGACGCUUGUGUUGCUGCUGACCAUGCUGUGGCUGUUUGAUAGAUGAUCAAUUAGGUGCUUUUUUCACUGGCAUGAAAUCCACUUUGAAAAGGGAUUUAUUUGCUUUUAAAAUCAACGCCCCAAUUUAAAGAGCAGCAUAAGUGGCAAUUAAGUGUAUCCUCCAGGAAAGAAUUGGUUGGGGAUAUUUGGUGUUCCAGGAGCAGAAUCAUGAGUAUGGAGUUAACCAAAGUCUUUAGUUAGACUAGAUAAAAUGUCUGAAUUCCAGAGAAGAUAAAAUAAGAUAACUUACCAUUAACUGUGGUUGUGAGAAUUAAUGCCUCUGCAGAUCCUUUGUGCGCUCUUAGCAACAUCUGGGAGUGAACAGGUGACUCUUCUUGAAACCAAAUGAUCUGCAGAAGAAGGUGAAAGGACCUUAUGUGGUAAGGAGUCUUGAGUGAAAGUCUGUACUCUUAUAAAUUCACUGAGAUUCACCCUCAAUCUGACUAGCCUGGUGACUGUUAUAUAGCACAAAUAAUCUAAUAAUGUUUAUAUACUCAGAGAUAUCAGUAUCAUAAUGAGACUAGAAGGCUACAAAUUGAUGUUUGAGGCUCCCUUGUAUAUACAGAAAAUUUGCAUUAGGGGCUAUAAGAAUUGGAGUCAAGACUCCCAUUGACUUCAGUGAAUCAGGCCCUACAUUGCCAAGAGAUGGAUGAAACUCAUGGGGGUAUUUUUCACCCCUCACUGUCCACCUGUCAUUCUGGGCCUCUCCCAUAAAUGCUGAAGUGUCUCAUUUUGUCCAUUUGCUCCAUAAAGUGCAUAAAGAUGCAUGUCCCUGUUUUCGCCUCUCCAACAAUUCCCAUUGGUUACCUUCAAAUAUUGGUAACCUUCAAAUAUUGGUAUCUCUGCUGUCAAAAGGAGACAGAGCUAGUCUUAAAACUUUUGUGCACAAAGAAAAUCCUGGAUAUGGAUUUCUAGACCAUAUGCUGGGAAGCAGCUGCUUGCUAGUUAGAGCUAUUGAAAUUUUGUAAUUACAUAAUUUCAUCUGUUGCUCAAAACUUUUCAUUGGAAACAUUUCUUGAAAAUACUAGCCUGCUAAUUGUUCAAAAUGUGUUUUUUUGAUUGGUCGUCUUAGACAUAUUGAAAAAAAUCCUGCCAAUUUUGAAAAGAGAAAAAAAAAAUUAGACCAUUUAAACAAACGUUUCUAAAAUUUUCAAAAUUCCUGUGGCAUUUUUAAAAAAAGUUAUUUUGAUGGACUCUAUUUGCUAGUCACGUGCUACUUGGAAAGUCAGGAGUACAAUUUAGACCUAAAGAAAACCUCCCUAGAAGACUCUCUCAAGUACCUAGAGAAAAAGAAAUAUGAAUGUAGCUGCCCACAAAAUGAACAAAAAGGAUGUCUUAGCUUGAUUUGACCUGACCAAAAGUAAUGAAAUUAACAUAGCCAUGAUUUAGAAUAUGAAUUUUGCUCAUGCGUGGAAAGCAUCUUGUUCAACUAGUUGGCAGCUUUAUGUGGAAAAACAUGUGUAAAUAAAAACAACCGGAAAUCCUUGAUCACAAAACAAGGACUUUGGCAGUGGCAAAAAAUAAAAAAAUUAAUGUGUAAAUUGGUGUGUAAGGAUUUUUUUUUUUUUUUUUAAAAGGAAUAAACUAAUCAGUCCUUUUUUUAGUCAUUGCUGUUUAAGAAUUCUCUACCAAGUUUCCUUUUUGACACUAGAAAGACAAGUGUUGCGAUAGGUAGUUACAAAUUUUAUCAUAACUUUGAAAGAGUAUGUUUUAUUUCAUUAUUUAUCUUGUUAUAGCAUCUUUAUUCUCCCUAUUUCUUUGCACAUUUUCAAUAUGCAUGGUUUUAAAAGACCGUUCGCUCCCUUUUGUAAAAUAAUUUCUUCCAAUUGUAUAGUUCAUUUAUUUUGUAUUUUUUUUUUUUGCUUUGUCAGUUAUUAUAUACGGUAUGAAGUUGCUAUGCACAGAGCUUUUUGUAAAGAUAGCUUUUUUUUGUUUACUGUUUUUAAUGGUCCUACUUAUUGAAGAAUAUCUUGUUUGUAAAAUGAAUAUGUCUACUUCAG